GCCGGUGCCGGGUCAGGGGCUGAGGUUGGUGUCUGUGCUGGGGCCGGGCCGACGCCGACGCCGGGUUGGGGACUUGUGCCGGUGUCGGUGCUGGGGCCGGGCCGGUGCCGUAGCCCCGGAUGAUGCUGUUCUCCCUGCGCGAGCUCGUGCAGUGGCUCGGCUUUGCCACCUUCGAGAUCUUCCUGCACGGGCUGGCCCUGCUCGCCUUCUCCGUGCUGCUUGUUCUCAAGGUGGACGGCACGGCCGCCGCGCUCUCCUGGUGGAUCGUGUUCGUGCCCUUCUUCGCCGCCGACGGACUCAGCACCUACUUCACCACCAUCGUGUCCGUGCGGCUGUUCCAGGACGGCGAGAAGCGCCUGGCGGUGCUGCGGCUCUUCUGGAUCCUCACCAUCCUCAGUCUCAAGUUCGUGUUCGAGAUGCUGCUGUGCCAGAAGCUGGUGGAGCACACGCGAGAGCUCUGGUACGGGCUCAUCAUGUCGCCCGUCUUCAUCCUGCUCCAGCUGCUCAUGAUCCGGGCCUGCCGCGUGAACUGAGUCCCGGCCCAGGGGGAUAAGCCCAGCGCACCCGAGGACGCUCCUGGCGCCGUCCCCGGCGCUGUUCCCGUGCGGAGGGGCAGGUGUCAGGCUGGGACAGGGGCAGUGCCCCGGCUUGCGGCCGUGUUGCAGAGCAUCACGUUUCUCCAAAAGCUGCACAUCCCUGUUUGUGCUCCCUCAGCUCCUGCAUUGUCCUGUGCUGCGAGCGCGGCAGGGCGUGAGUUAUUUUAUUUUAGAAUAAAAAUGUGUUGAAGGA